GGCAGCAGGCCCCCGCCGCGGCCCCAAGCCGCCUGUGCGGCGGGCGUUGCCAUGGUGCGUGGGCCCGGCGGAGGCGUGCCCCGGAGGAGGCAGAAUGGAGGUCCUGGAGGAGAAGGAGGAAGAGGAGCAAACAGAAGGAGAAGAGCUGAAAGCUUUGGAGAUAAGUGAUAACCUCCAGGAUGUGGAGAUGAAGGUGUCUGUGGAGCAAGUCAGCGUCCCAAGUGAUGUACCUGAUUUUGACUGGAGCUCCAUUGACACAUCCCAGUUACCGUCCUCGUACAAGACAAAUUCCCCGAAGGAAAAGAAGCUGCUGCACAUUGCUGACCAUUUCUUCCAGCAGUACACUCACCUCUGCCCCGACCGCAAGCUGCUCUUCCUCCACCCAGUCAACGAGUGUGGCGUGGAGAAGUUUGUGAGCACAACGGUAAGGCCAACACUGCUGCCUUAUACAGAGCUGUACCACUGGGAUGGCUGUGCCAGCUUUGUCUCCGAUUACCUCACCAUGGAGCCCCUCAAGUCUCCUAUCACACCGCCUAGUUCGCUCUAUUCCCCAACCACCAUCCUGAAAUACCAGAAAGGGAACUGCUUUGACUUCAGCGUGCUGCUGUGCUCCAUGCUAAUCGGGGCUGGGUAUGAUGCCUACUGUGUGCACGGGUAUGCCACCCACGAGAUAUGCAGCCUGGAUGAGACUCUGAAGCUGUGCCCACUGCUCAGGAAGCCACAGGAGGUACCAAAGGAGGGGAUGAAGAAGAAGUCCAACAAGUAUAGAGUUAAGCCCCCACCAGACCUGCAGAGCAAGUUUGAACUUCAGCAGGAGGCCAAGAAGGCAGCAGAAACUGAAGCUGCUCAAAAGAACAAGGAAAGAGAAGAGGAGAAGGUCACGGAAGUGGAAAAGCCCAAGCGUGACCCUUUGUAUGGCUUACGGGUGCAUGCAUGGGUUUUGGUUCUGUCUGGGAAGAGGGAGGUUCCUGAGACCUUCUUCAUCAACCCCUUCACGGGAAACAGCCACAGCACCAUGGAUGAGCACUUCCUUGGGAUUGAGAGUGUCUGGAACCACAGGAACUACUGGGUGAACAUGCAGGACUGCUGGAACGGCUGCAAGGAUCUCGUCUUUGACUUGGGUGACGCUAUCCGCUGGGAAAUUAUGCUUUCAAGAAGCAACAAGCCUCUUCAGCUGCUCUCAGAUGCUGAGGAGGAAAAGGAAUUAUCUGACAGGGACACAGAUGACAUGCAGGAAAAGGAGGAAGAAGACAUGAGUUUUGACAUGCCACCAUCGUGGGUAGCCCCAAUUCAGAUAUCUCCCAGAGAGUUUGAGACCCGCUGUUCCCAGGGGAGGAAGGUGAUCCUGUACAAGAAAGCAAAACUGGAGAAAUGGGCACCGUACCUGAAUGGAAAUGGGCUGGUGAAACGCCUCACUGUCUAUGCAGACUUAGACUGUGCUGAAGUAGUGGAGGUGAGGGAGUGGUUCAAAAACCGAGAAGACAUGUUGGAUAUGAGAGAAGUGAAUAAACAGACACAGCUGACCACAGAAUACUUCAGCCCAGGACACCUCCUCGGUCUUAAAGCUCACACCUAUACGUCACUGGAACCAGAGACUGAACAUACAAUGGAGUUUUACAACGAGGCGCGAGUCGAUGGCCUCCAGAAACGUGUUGAAAAUUAUAAUGAGAUGACGGAGUACUUUGUGGGGCGGGAUGACUUCCUGCAUGUUCGGCACAUGGAGUUUGGCAAAAGUGGAAAGAAAAUACACUUGGCUAGCACUAGAACUGACAUUAACUCCCGGCCUAUAGUGCAAAUCAAGGAGUGUUUUCACAGAAACCUAGAAAAGCCUGCUGAUGAAGAUGUAGCAGAACGUAUCUUUCUGAUCACAGAGGAGACAAUCCAUCUGACAUACCAUCUCAAGGAUAAAUACAUUACUGCCUCAAAGAAGGAUUUCUUCAAAGCAGCAGACAGGGAUAGGAAAGGAAAUGAAAUCGUCAUGACCCCAGAAAUGUGCAUCACAUACCAGGCGGGGUCCUCUGAAAAAGACAAGAAGCUGCUCCAUCUGUACAAAGCGUUGCAGCAGCUAACAGAGGAAGAGAAACAGCUGAAGCAACAAGUCCGGCAAUCUGAAGCAGAGGUGUUAAAUAUUUUGAAGAUCCGUGAGAAUGAAGAAACUGCUGUUAAAUUGACAGUUUCAAUUUAUAAUACAGAGAGGAAUGAAAAGAGAAGACAACAGUUUGAAGUCAUGAAGAACACAAUGGAGGCUGAGCUUCUGGGACAAGAGGAACAGGAUCUGGAUUACUUGGCACCUUUCCUUAUUCAAAUUGGCCACAGAAAGAAAAUGACCAAGGGGCAGGCCCUGCGUGUCAGAGAUGACUGCCUGACUGAUUUGAAGCAUAGUCUCAUUGAUAAAGCUAACAUCAUCCAGGCUCGCUUUGAAAAGGCAGUGGAAGAGCUGCAGAAGAAGGACCAGUGGUUUCAGGAAAAUCACAAUCAGCUCAGCGCAGAGGAGGAGGAUGACUUCCUCACCUGUUGCUCUGAAAUUGCGUUUCGUAUCCACAUUCUAGCGCUGAGACUCAACAGGGAAAAGCAGAGAGCGCCGCAGAAAUACCUUGCUCUUGAAGAGAAACUGCGCAAGGAUCCUCGCCUAGCUGAGUACCUUGGACAUGCCUGAUUUCUUUAUUCCUUUGCACCAGACACUGGAAAUCGGUGCUGAAGCCUGUUAGAAGCAGCCUGAAAAAAACAUGGAAAGGUUUUCCUACUUGCCUGCAGUAAAUCUUUCAUUAUCAUCAGAUUCAUGGAGAUUUUAAUGAACUUGUAGCAUUCCACUCUCUCUUUCUUUUCCCUCUUUUGUUUUAAGGCCCAUCUACAAUUACAUCAAUUGUCCUCUUACGCAAUUUAGUCACGUUUAAGACUGAAGUCUGAAUGAGACCUUAGCUUUAAGGUCUGCUUCUGAAGUUGCUACAAAUUAUGCAUGCUGUAUUGCAGGGCUUUUCUUCCCCAAACCUGCUCCCUAGCUGACAUCAGGAGCAGGAUUAUUUGGGAAUACUGGUUCUUUUCCAACAUAAUAAUAUUUUAACGAAUUUGUAAUUUAGUUUUAUAAGUAGCACAAGCAAAGCUUUUGAACUUGUGAGUUCACAACAAAUACAAGAAUUCUUUGACCUCAUAUAGAGCUCUCUAUUAACUACAAAACCCAGCAAAGACUAAUACUCAAGUUGACAAACUUUGGAUUUUAACAUCUUUAUUUUUCUCUUUGAAUGUCUCCACUCACUAUUCACAAAUAUUGGCGGACAGGGUAAAAAGUCAAGAGGAAUCCAAAAAGCAUUCCAAAUCCAAGAAAUUUUAGGUAAUCAAGUGUUUUGGUUAGUAAGUAUUCCCUGAGAUCCGCAAAUGGAAGUCAGCAUGUGUGUGCCAUGUAUUGGUAUUUAUGCAAGUCCCUGAACCAGCUAGGAAACAAUUUCUGAUGUCACCUAUAGUACAUUAGGCACUGUGGAUACUUACAGUGGUUCUCCCUACAGUGCCCAACAGCUACAGUCUUCAUGGAACAAGUCUAAUGAUCACUCUCAACGAAGACUAUACUGAUUGCACCUGGGGAAAGGCAGAAAUGUAUUUUGCUGUGAUAGAGCAGAAUAAGGGACAUUACAUCUGAAAUACAGCAUGAACCAGAGCAAAUUAAACUUGUUUUAUGGUAGCUGUCUACUUUAAAUGCAAUAGAUGCACUAAUGGGCUUUUGCAGAGAAAUGCCCCCCCAACUGUCUAUUUUAUUGCAACAAAGCUAUUUUCUCUUGCGUUGUUUCUGUUACAUACCAUUAGCUUAUUAUGCCUAAUCUGAAUAUCCUAGGUUUUUAAAAUAUACUAAAUUACCCUUA